GUACAGCGUUAGUCGGCCAGUAGAGACACACAUGUCAGGAUCAUCCAAACACUUGGCAUCCCGUGCAAAGGAGAAUGUAAUCCCUAAUCCUCUUGCUAAAGAAGAACUGAACUUUCUGGCCAGGCUGCUGGGAGGUCUGGAGAUCAAGAAUCCCAGCGGCAGCGACACGGGAUUUCGGCUGAAUUUGUUCACAACCGACGAGGAGGAAGAACAUGCUGCACUGACUAGACCCGAGGAGUUAUCAUACAAGGUUAUCGACAUAGAAGCCACCCAGGAGCCGGCCCGGCGGGAGGAGCUCUCCUGCAUGCUGGAGGAGCUGGAGGCGGCGGAGCCGCGCCCGGCGAGCUCCGGGAAGGGCGAGGACCUGCUGGCGCUGAUGGACGGGCUCUGAGCGACGCCGGGGCAGAGCUCGGUGUCUCCCUGUUCCCAGCCGAAGGCACGCGAUGGAGGUCAGCCACUCGGUCAAGGAGCGCACCAUCGCGGAGAACAGCCUGGUCAUCCUGCUGCAGGGCCUGUGCGGUCACGUCACCACCGUGGACCUCCGCGACGAGAGCACAGCCACGGGGCGCGUCACCAACGUGGACGCCUUCAUGAACGUGCGGCUGGCCGAGGUGACCUUCACGGACAGGCAGGGCACCGUGUCCCAGCUGGAUGAGCUCUUUGUGACCGGCAGGAACAUCCGCUACGUCCAUAUCCCCGAUGAGGUGGACAUCAGGGCCACCAUCGAGCGGCAGCUCCAGGCCAUCCACAGGGUCCGCUACUUCGGAGGCCGUGACAAGGGCAGGAAGGAGUUCCCUCGUGCCAAGCACAAGUGAGCCCACGGCCGGGCCAGCAUGGACCUGCCCCUUUGGACUGCCAGGCACCUCUGCACCUCACCCCAGACACCCCACCCGGGCACACGGGGCUCUGCUCCUCCCCUGGCCGGUGCCCACGGGGGAGCAGGGUUAUUCUUUGUGAUAAAUAACCCCAUUUAAAAGGG